GUAUAUCAAUCCCUUAUCGACUGGCCCAGACCUCCAGACAUCCAUUUCCUAAGUUGAGAGAGGAACUAAUAUUCCAAGACUCAAAUUCCAUAGUCUUUGCUGAGCAUAAGCACUGCAGCCAUCAUCUCCUCUGCGAUGAAGUGGUCAUUCUCUGAGGAUAACCUAGAAGAUUUGGUGCCCAGCAUGAAGAAUAGUUCCUUUCAAGUACCUGUGUGUCUGGAAUUUAUUCCUUCCAGUGGGUUCUUGGUCUUGCUGACUUCAGGAAUGAAGCCGUGGACCCUCGCGAUAUGUGCUCACCCUUCUCUGCUCAGCUGUGUGCCUGGGAGGCUGACCUCUACAGACUACAUCACCAGGCUUCCGCCCUCUGGCUUCCACAUGGAUUUGGCCAAUGGGCAGCACCAGUGGGAAAGGGGAGGACAGGAGGAGAGACAGGCUGAGGCCUCCCUCUUCCUGUGCCCCUGGCAUACAGUGACAGUGCUGCCCUGCAGGAUGGCAUAUCAGAGAGCUCAGGAUGGAUGCAGUCAGGGACGACAGCCCAUGUCCAAGAAGGCUGCCUGCUGAACGUUUGCCCAGCAGAAGAUUUUAGAAAGAAAGGAAACAUCUUAGUGAUUUUCUUGCCUCCAGAAGAGUCCCUGAUCCAAUCUUUCCUUGGUACAAACUUUUAGUUAUUGUGUUUACAUAUACAUUUUAUAUAUGCAUGGUCAUUAUUUUAUCUGUUUUAUUUGGGGACUUUAUCUUGAUGUGAGUCCUCAUACCUAACACAUUGCAAUAUAAAUU